CAAACAUCCCGUCCCCAGACCACCCAAGACCAUACGGGCACCGCCUAAGCCCCUGUAGACACAGCCACCUCAUGCGUCAUCGUCAAGGAAGAAGGCCACUCGGGCCCUGGUAGUCCGGCAGCCUGGCUUAUCAUCUUUCCCUUAUCCCAAAUGUUUCAUAUUGCCGCACAUGUGGAGUGAGGGACUUUGUCGACAAUAUCUGUAACAAUUUCUGGUCGACAGCUAUGGUCAUCGAUCUCGCUACUUGCUUGUCGAUUGCUGCGAUACAUUGGAGUGCCUGAACCUCUAUUACAAACAUCUUUCCACCAGCCUCUCCACCUCAGUCUUCGAGCCUUCACUUCUUUAUUCAGCCUCAAUGUCCACGUCGCCGCGGUUGGCCGACUCAUUAUCGAUUACCAUUGCAUAAUAUGUCCUCUUGAUAUACAACCCGGUGCAAGAUCCAAAGGAACCCCACCAUCCUCUCCCCUACUUAGAUAUGAUCCACGAGUAAUCAUGGAGGAUCGAGCUUCACCACAACGGCCACCUCCACCCACGAUUCAACUUAACGACAUGCCUUCAGACGUUAACGAUGUUGCCGACACCAAAGACUUUGCGCGACAGACGCCACCUCCUAGACUAUUCAAAAAUAGUAACCCUUUCGCCGAUAACCUGCCCACUCCCGACAAUGAGUUUGUUGAGACUCCCUGCACUGGCACGGAGGAGGGCGACUAUUUCACCGCAGGAAGACGUCGAAGCAUGUCCCAUCACCUUGAGCGAACCGAUAUCCCUUCAAGAAGAUGGUUACAUAUUCAGGCAAGCUUUUGGAGAGCUUGCAUGAUACUAGGCAUGCGCUUUCACGACUGGGCCCCCCCACGAGCGCCACGGCCUGCCUUCAAACACAAGAUCCCUACCGACACCAUUCCUAUUGAACUAUACUUCUACACGCCGCCCAAUUAUAAAAGAGUCCUCCAAGAAGAUCCCUCUUUCCGCUUUCCAGCCGUCGUCAAUUUUCAUGGUGGAGGUUUCGUGCUAGGAGAUGCUAGCGACGAUCGAUACUGGGCUAAUAUCGUCAUGCAGAGGUCUAAUGCCAUCUUUGUCAGUGUCAACUAUCGACGGGCCCCUGAACACGCAUUUCCCAUCCCCGUGGACGAUUGUGCCCAAGCAAUCCUAUAUCUGGUCGAGCACGCGACCGAGCUCAACAUCGACCCAAGCAAUUUCGCUCUGUCUGGCUUCUCGGCCGGUGCCAACUUGGCCUUCGCAGCCCCUCUCCGAAUACAAUACCACUAUGGCAUCGACGUCAUCAACGACUUCAAAUCCACCAGCCCGACCACCAUGGGUAGCAGUGAAACCGAUCCCGAGACGGACGAGGCUGGCUUUGAGGCUGGCGGCGGAUUCCUCACUCCAAUGCAAUCCAACUCUGGCCUUCUUCGAGCCAAAACCGCCAGUCCGCUAAGAAUCCGCACAAUCAUUGCCUGGUACCCUCUCCUGGAUUGGACCAAAUCACGGUCGCGCAAGAUCCGCGAGUCGCGCAAUCCCAAGAAGUGUCUCGCCAAAGUCUUUACAGAUUUAUUCGACGUCAGUUACCUCCCACCUCCCGACGUCGCAGGAGAUCACUGUAGUCCCUAUGCCUCACCAGCCCUCGCCCACGACCACAUGCUGCGCGACGGUCUACCGAAAGAAAUGCAAGUCUGGCUAUGUGAGUGGGACAUGUUGUUGAGUGAAGGUCUUGACUUUACCGACCGACUGGAGAAUCUGGGAAAGAACAUCGAUAGCAAAAUGAUUCCCAUGGUGCCCCACGCCUGGGACAAGUCGCCCAAUCCCUUCCGCGAUCAAAAGGCUAUUGAUAUGCUAUACACCAAAUCGGCCAUGAACCUGAACAAGGUCUUCCAGGACAAGGAGGGAUUGGGUUGGGGCAAUUCAAUGAGCUCCCUGCAUCCAACCGACACAAUCAUCGAAAGACAGCCCAGAGCGAGCGUGGUCAUGCCGAUAUGAUCUCGACUUGCACUUUCAAUUCUUUUUUUUCCGACACCACAUCACCUCUAUCACACACACCUCAAGAUCUAUAUCCCGCGUUUCACGAUGUUUUAUUGAGCGAGACUUUUAGCAAUGGAGUUCAGGUUAUUCGAUGAGUUGCUGCGACCAAAGUUCAGACUUCUCAAGGUUACGAAGAGGAAAGUUCGGAAUGGUGUUGUCCUCCACCAGAGCAGACGAUACCACCAGACAGCCAAAUUGGAUUCGGGUUUCCACAACCAAAACAAAGGUAGCGACGAAUCCAAAACAACAAAGUAUGACACUACCACCAUGACAACCACGAGGAUCAUGACGAUCAUGACGAUUGUAUUGACCAUGAUGAUGAACAUGUUCAGGUUCAUGGUCAGAAUUCGGGGGCUACAAGCUGGAUAUUCGAGGAUUCUAUCUCUGGCUUCCAUCGGUGAUGGAUUCAAUUUCAUCUUUCAUGUCAGAUUCAUGCCUUCGGGCCUACAUUUGAUUCCAGCCAUUUUAUGGGUUGAAAAUUCUGUGGCAGGAGAUGUGUGAGAGGAUAACAGGACGUUUGCCUGUUUGAUAUUUUUCAUAGGCUCGGGCAAUCUCAAAAGGAGGAAGAUUUACCAGCUCGAGGUCCUUCGAUGCGAAUCAUGAUCUCGCGUUGUAAUGUUCAAAAUAUACCCCUACCUGUAGUACUGCUAUCCGUACAAUGAUACUACUCAGACAUUUUCA